ACGUGAGAGUUUGGAAUCCGAGAGCGCAAGUGUCCGCCGGUUUCCCCUGGUUACCUUCGGGCGCACCCCUUCCACCCUUCCGCAGGCCCUCGUGGGCCGCUGCCGUACGCCGUCAUGAAGACAAAGCCCGUUUCCCACAAGACCGAGAACACGCAUCGGUUUCUUACAUUUGCUGAACGAUUGGGGAAUGUGAAUAUUGAUAUUAUUCACCGGAUCGAUAGAACUGCGAGCUACGAUGAGGAGGUUGAAACCUACUUUUUUGAAGGUCUGCUGAAAUGGAGAGAAUUGAACCUUACGGAACACUUUGGGAAAUUUUACAAAGAAGUUGUUGACAAAUGUCAAUCAUUCAAUCAGCUGGUCUAUCAUCAAAAUGAGAUAGUUCAGAGUUUGAAGACUCACCUGCAAAUCAAGAACAGUUUUGCCUAUCAGCCUCUUUUGGAUUUGGUUGUACAGUUGGCACGAGAUCUGCAGACAGACUUCUAUCCACAUUUUCCGGAUUUUUUUCUGACUAUCACCCCAAUCCUGGAGACUCAGGACACCGAGUUGUUAGAAUGGGCUUUCACCUCGCUGUCAUAUCUUUACAAGUACCUGUGGAGGCUCAUGGUGAAGGACAUGUCCAAUAUAUACAGGAUGUAUAGUACACUCCUGGCUCAUAAAAAACUGCAUAUAAGAAAUUUUGCUGCUGAAAGCUUUACUUUUUUGAUGAGAAAGGUUUCUGAUAGAAACGCACUUUUUAAUUUAAUGUUCCUUGAUCUCGAUGAACAUCCAGAAAAAGUCGAAGGAGUUGGACAGUUGCUCUUUGAAAUGUGCAAAGGAGUGAGAAAUAUGUUUCACUCCUGUACGGGGAAGGCAGUGAAGCUAAUUUUACAAAAGCUAGGACCAGUUACUGAAACAGAAACCCAGCUACCAUGGAUUUUAGUUGGAGAAACACUAAAAAACAUGGUAAAAUCCACUGCGUUCUACAUCUACAAAGAACAUUUUGGUAUAUUUUUUGAACGUUUGCAAGAAUCACUCCAGGACCUACAUAUGAAAGUAACCCAAACUAACUGUGGUGAAAGUUCUGAACAGAUUAAAAGGUUGUUAGAAACUUAUCUGAUACUUGUGAAACAUGGAGGUGGAUCGAAGAUAACCAAGCCUGUUGAUGUUUGUAAGGUAUUGUCUCGAACGUUACAAAUAGCCCAUCUCUCCACAUCUUGUCGGGCGACCCUCUUGGAUGUAAUUUCGGCUUUGAUCCUAGGCGAAAAUGUUGCCUUACCAGAAACCCUCAUCAAAGAAACCAUAGAAAAAAUUUUUGAAAGCCAAUUUGAAAGACCAUUAAUUAUGGAUUUUUCUGAAGUCAUGUUUGCUAUGAAGCAAUUUGAGCAGCUCUUUCUACCCAACUUUCUCUUAUAUAUUGAGGAUUGCUUCUUGAUCGAUGAUGCUGCAGUCCGAGAUGAAGCCCUGGCCAUUUUGGCCAAGCUCAUUCUGAACAAGGCUGCACCUCCCACUGCUGGCUCGAUGGCUAUUGAGAAGUACCCUCUGGUUUUCUCGCAGCAGACAGUGGGAUCCUAUGUAAGGCAGAAGAAGACCAGAUCCAGGGGAGGAAAGGGACAGAGCCCAGUUUUGGGCCAUCUUUUAUCUGUAAUUCAGCUACCCCCAAAUAACGAUGCCACUUUCCUUUCCCAUUCUUGGGCCGCCCUUGUCGUGUUACCGCAUAUCAGACCUCUUGAGAAAGAGAAGGUGAUACCGCUGGUCACGUGCUUCAUAGAGUCACUCUUCAGGACUGUUGACAGAGGGAGCUUUGGAAAAGGAAACUUGUUUGUUCUUUGUCAAGCUGUAAAUACUCUGCUGAGUUUGGAAGAAUCUUCCGAACUUCUUCAUUUGGUUCCCGUGGAACGUGUGAAGAAUUUAGUAUUAAUGUUUCCAUUGGAGCCCUCCGUGCUGCUGCUGGCUGAUCUCUAUUAUCAGAGGUUAUCCUUAUGUGGCUGCAAAGGGCCUCUUUCUGAAGAAGCUUUAAUGGAAUUGUUUCCCAAAUUACAAGCAAACAUUUCAACGGGUAUAUCCAAGAUUCGGCUUUUGACAAUAAGGAUCCUAAACCACUUUGAGGUUCGACUUCCGGAACUAAUGGAGGACGACGGGCUGUCGGAGCGGCAGUCAGCCUUCGCUGUGCUGCGCCAGGCCGAGCUGGUCCCGGCCACUGUGAACGAUUACAGGGAGAAGCUCCUUCACCUGCGGAAGCUCAGGCACGACGUGGCGCAGACCGCAGUCCCCGACGGGCCCUGGCAGGAGGUGCCGCUUCGUUAUUUACUAGGCAUGCUGUAUGUUAACUUCAGCGCGCUCUGGGAUCCUGUGAUUGAACUCAUAAGCUCUCACGCACAUGAAAUGGAAAAUAAGAAAUUUUGGAAUGUCUACUAUGAACAUCUAGAAAAAGCUGCUACACAUGCUGAGAAAGAACUGCAGAAUGAGGUGCCAGAUGAGGAGAAGUGCAUUGGAGAUGCAAGUUGGGAGCAGACCCAGGAAGGCAACGUUGGGGCGCUUUAUCUGGAGCAGUUAACAUUGAAAACCAGCUGUCAGGAAAGACUGGACCACACCAAUUUCCGGUUUCUGCUGUGGCGAGCUCUGGCGAAAUUCCCAGAAAGGGUAGAGGCCCGGUCCAGGGAGCUCUCCCCGCUUUUCUUGAGAUUCAUCAACAAUGAGUAUUACCCAGCAGAUCUGCAGGUUGCUCCGACCCAGGACCUGAGAAGAAAAGGCAAAGGAGUGCUGGCGGAGGAAACAGAAGAACCUGCCGCUGGAGACGACGAAGAAUUGGAUGAAGAGGCGGUGCCCCAAGAUGAGCCCUCUCAGAAGAAGACGACAAGAAGAGCUGCGACCAAGCAGUUAAUCGCUCAUUUGCAAGUUUUCUCUAAGUUUUCAAAUCCACGGGCCUUAUAUCUGGAAUCCAAAUUAUAUGAACUCUAUCUUCAGUUGUUGCUGCACCAAGAUCAAGCGGUACAGAGAAUAACCCUGGACUGCAUAAUGACGUACAAACAGCCCCAUAUCCUCCCUUACAAGGAAAACUUGCAAAGACUGCUUGAAGACAGAAGUUUUAAGGAAGAGAUAGUGCAUUUUAGUAUUUCAGAAGAUAAUACAGAAGUGAAAACAGCCCACCGAGCAGAUCUGUUUCCUAUUCUGAUGAGGAUUUUGUAUGGUCGAAUGAAGAAUAAGACUGGGAGUAAAACUCAGGGGAAAUCUGCUUCGGGCACCCGCAUGUCCAUUGUUCUGAGGUUCCUUGCUGGGACCCAACCUGAGGAGAUCCAGAUAUUCUUAGACCUGCUGUUUGAACCUGUUAAGCACUUCAAGAAUGGAGAAAGCCAUUCUGCAGUCACCCAGGCAGUAGCAGACUUGGAUUUGUCUAAAGUUCUCCCGUUAGGCCGCCAGCAUGGGAUCUUAAACAGCCUUGAAGUGGUGUUGAAGAACAUCAGUCAUCUGAUCAGCCCGUACUUAUCACAGAUCUUGCAGAUUCUGCUCUGCAUGGCUGCGACUGUGUCACACGUUCUCGACCAGCGGGAGAAGAUACAAUUGAGGUUUAUCAACCCACUGAAAAAUUUAAGACGUCUUGCAAUCAAAAUGGUAACUGACAUCUUUUUGGAUUGGGAGUCCUAUCCAUUCAGAACAGAAGAAAUUGAUGCUGUAUUUCAUGGUGCAGUUUGGCCCCAGAUCAGCAGGCUUGGAUCUGAGAGUCAAUAUUCUCCUACUCCUCUGCUGAAAUUAAUUAGUAUCUGGAGCAGAAAUGCAAGAUACUUCCCUUUUCUGGCUAAACAGAAACCUGGGCACCCAGAAUGUGAUAUCCUGGUCAAUGUUUUUGCGCUUCUCUCAGCAAAGAACCUCUCUGAAGCCACAGCCAGUAUCGUGAUGGACAUGGUCGAUGACCUCCUCACUAUUCCGGAUUUUGAGCCCACAGAAACAGUUUCGAGCUUGCCCGUGACCGGAUGUGUGUACGCAGAAAGUGCAGAUGAGUCUAUCACAGUGGGAGGACGAUUAAUUCUACCUCAUGUACCUGCAAUUCUCCAGUAUCUCAGUAGAACCACAAUAAGUACAGAAAAGGUGAAAAAGAAAAAGAACAGGGCCCAAGUCAGUAAGGAACUUGGCAUUCUUUCAAAGAUCAGCAAGUUCAUGAAAGACAAAGAACAAAGCUCUCUACUUAUUACACUUCUCCUUCCCUUCCUCCACCGUGGCAGUAUUCCUCAGGAUACAGAGGUGGAUAUUCUCGUGACAAUACAGAACCUGUUAAAACAUUGUCUGGAGCCCACAAGCUUCCUGAAGCCCCUGGCAAAACUCUUCUCCGUUAUUAAGAACAAGCUGUCAAGACAAUUGCUUUGUACAGUUUUCCAGACGCUUUCUGACUUUGAGAGUGGGUUAAAAUAUAUUACUGAUGUUGUCAAGCUGAAUGCCUUUGAUCAAAGACAUCUGGAUGAUAUCAACUUUGACGCCCGCUUCUCAGCGUUCCAGACCAUCACCUCUUAUGUCAAAGGGAUGCAAACUGUGGACGUUGACUACCUAAUCCCAGUUAUGCAUAAUUGUUUCUAUAAUCUGGAGUUAGGAGACAUGUCUUUAAGUGAUAAUGCCAGCAUGUGCUUGAUAAGCAUCAUCAGAAAGCUAGCUGCCUUGAAGGUCACGGAGAAGGAGUACAGAGAAAUCAUCUAUCGUUCACUUCUGGAGAAACUAAGGAAAGGAUUGAAGAGCCAGACAGAGAGUAUCCAACAGGAUUAUACCACACUGCUUUCCUGUUUAAUUCAAACCUUUCCCAAUCAACCAGAAUUUAAAGACUUGGUGCAGCUUACUGAUUGCCAUGAUCCGGAAAUGGACUUCUUUGAGAAUAUGAAGCACAUUCAGAUCCACAGAAGAGCAAGAGCCUUGAAGAAACUGGCAAAACAACUAAUGGAAGGCAAAAUCAUGCUGUGUUCUAAAUCUCUUCAGAAUUACAUCAUGCCUUAUGCCAUGAGAUCAAUUUUUGAUGAGAAAAUGCUCAAGCAUGAAAAUAUAACCAUUGCUGCCACAGAGAUUAUUGGGGCUAUUUGCAGACAUCUCUCUUGGCCAGCAUAUUUAUAUUACUUGAAACAUUUCAUUCACGUCUUACAGACAGGACAGAUCAAUCAAAAGUUGGGUGUCAGCUUGUUAGUAAUAGUGUUGGAAGCAUUCCACUUUGACCACAAAACUCUUGAAGAACAAAUGAGAAAAAUUCAGAAUGAAGAAAACACAGCAGAAGCGAUCGAGUUGCCAGAGCCUGAAGCCGUGGAACUAGAGCCCAUGGGUGAGGAAAACGUGGAAAGUGGGAGUGACGGAGAACUGGGAAACCCCGCCCCAGCCGACGGUGAGGGAGCAGCAGCUAAGGAAACCGAGUGUGUCUCCCAGGCCUUCUCUUCCCUUCCUCGGAACAAGGAAGAACUGGAGAAGACAAUUAAAAAUAUCCAAGGAGCCAUAACUGGGGAUAUCCUACCCCGGCUACAUAAAUGCCUGGCAUCUACGACGAAAAGGGAAGAAGAACACAAGCUCAUAAAAUCCAAGGUUGUGAAUGAUGAGGAGGUGGUUCGAGUUCCUUUAGCUUUUGCCAUGGUUAAGCUAAUGCAGUCCCUCCCGUCGGACGUCAUGGAAGCUAACCUGCCGGGUAUUUUGCUGAAAGUGUGUGCCCUCCUCAAGAAUAGAGCACAAGAAGUCAGGGACAUUGCACGUAGCACUCUUGCAAAAAUAAUAGAAGACCUGGGUGUGCGCUACCUACAAUACAUUUUAAAAGAAUUGCAGACUACCCUUGUGCGUGGAUAUCAGGUCCACGUGCUGACUUUCACUGUUUACAUGUUGCUGCAUGGCCUCACCUGUAAGCUGCAAGUCGGAGAUUUGGACUCUUGUCUAGAUAUAAUGAUUGAGAUAUUUAACCAUGAGUUGUUUGGUGCCAUUGCCGAAGAGAAGGAAGUAAAGCAGAUCCUGUCCAAAGUCAUGGAGGCCCGAAGAAGCAAGAGUUACGAAUCUUAUGAAAUCCUGGGCAAGUUUGUAGGAAAAGAUCAGGUUACGAAACUUAUCAUUCCGCUGAAAGAGAUCUUACAAAACACCACGAGUUUAAAACUGGCCCGGAAAGUUCACGAGACUUUACGCCGAAUCAUUGCAGGAUUAAUUAUCAACGAGGAAAUGACAGCAGAAUCCAUUCUGUUGCUCAGUUAUGGUUUGGUCAGUGAAAAUCUCCCCCUGUUAACAGAAAAAGAAAAAAACGCAGCAGUCCCUGCCCCGGAUCCACGUCUGCCACCCCAGAGCUGUCUUCUGCUUCCCCCAACCCCAGUUCGUGGCGGGCAGAGAGCAGUUGUGAGCAGGAAGACGAACAUGCACAUCUUCAUCGAGUCUGGGCUCCGGCUGCUGCAUCUGAGUCUGAAGACUUCCAAGAUCAAGUCUUCAAGUGAGCACAUUCUGGAAAUGUUGGAUCCUUUUGUGUCUCUGCUCAUAGACUGCCUGGAUUCCAUGGAUGUGAAGGUGAUCACGGGCGCUUUGCAGUGCCUGAUCUGGGUCUUGAGGUUCUCUCUGCCUUCCAUAGAAACAAAAGCGGAGCAGCUGACCAAACAGCUCUUCCUUCUGCUGAAGGACUACGCAAAACUUGGGGCUGCCAAGGGUCAGAACUUCCACCUGGUGGUAAAUUGUUUCAAGUGUGUGACCAUACUUGUGAAGAAAGUGAAGUCUUACCAGAUAACCGAAAAGCAGCUCCAGGUUCUACUAGCGUAUGCUGAGGAGGACAUUUAUGAUACAUCAAGACAAGCCACUGCGUUUGGUCUCCUUAAGGCCAUUUUAUCAAGAAAGUUGCUGGUCCCAGAAAUCGAUGAUGUGAUGCGGAAAGUAUCCAAGUUGGCCAUUUCCGGGCAGAGCGAGCCUGUCCGAGUCCAGUGCAGACAGGUUUUCCUCAGAUAUAUUCUUGACUAUCCCCUUGGUGAUAAAUUGAGACCAAACUUGGAAUUCAUACUCGCUCAACUGACUUACGAACAUGAGACUGGGAGAGGGUCCGCCUUGGAAAUGAUUGCUUAUCUCUUCGACACGUUCCCUCAGGGACUGCUCCAUGAGAACUGCGCCAUGUUCUUUAUUCCUCUGUGCCUGAUGAUGGUGAAUGACGACUCUGCCACGUGUAAGAAGAUGGCAUCCGUGGCGAUCAAAUCCUUACUCAGCAAAAUCAGCCUCGAGAAGAAAGAUUGGCUUUUCAGUUUGGUUACCACCUGGUUUGGAGCAGAGAAGCGCUUAAGCAGACAGCUGGCCGCCCUGGUCUGUGGCUUGUUUGUGGAAAGUGAAGGAGUCACUUUUGAAAGAAGACUUAGAACUGUUCUCCCUGUGAUUGAAAAGGAAAUUGAUCCUGAAAACUUUGAAGAUAUCAUAGAAGAGACUGAAGAAAAAGCUGCGGAUCGCCUUCUGUUCAGUUUUCUUACACUGAUAAGUAAACUCAUCAAGGAGUGUAACAUUGUUCAGUUUAACAAGCCCGCCCAGACUUUGAGUAAAAUCUGGAGUCACGUGUACUCUCACCUGAGACAUCCGCACAACUGGGUGUGGCUCACGGCGGCCCAGAUCUUUGGAUUGCUCUUUGCCUCUUGCCAACCAGAGGAGCUUAUUAGAAAACGAAAUGUUAAGAAAACAAAAAAGAAACUCUCACCACCUGUAGCAAUCAGGUUCCUAACAAGGGACCUUGACCAAAAGAUGAAAAGUAUCGCCCUCGCCUCUUGCCAUCAGUUGCAUUCCAAGUUCUUGGAUCAGUCUCAAGGAGACCAGAUUAUUAAGAAUUUGUUGUUUGUAGCCAAAGUCUUAUAUUUACUGGAACUCGAUGCUGGGGGAAAGCAAGGUGAGGUAAAAGAAGUCAGGGGGGAACAAGAAGCUGUGGGAGGUGCUGUGGCCAGAGAGGAAGAACACGAGGCCUGUGCAGCUGGGAAGGCAGCAGGUGACAAAGGAGAGAGUGAGCAGGACAAAGAGCACAGCAAGCCAGCCACGCUGCUGUGGCUGAUUCAGAAGUUGUCUCGGAUUGCAAAGCUGGAAGCUGCUUACUCGCCUAGAAACCCCUUAAAGAGAACGUGCAUCUAUAAGUUUCUCGGAGCUGUGGCAGUGGAUCUUGGAGUAGACCGGGUGAAGCCGUACCUCCCAGCGAUCAUAGCUCCUUUGUUCCGAGAACUGCACAGCACCUAUUCGGACCAGGAUCCUUUGCUGAAGAAUCUAUCCCAGGAAAUCAUAGAAUUACUCAAAAAGCUGGUUGGGCUGGAGAGCUUCUCAUUAGCCUUCGCCUCUGUACAAAAACAGGCUCAUGAGAAAAGGGCACUCCGGAAAAAGAGGAAGGCUUUGGAGUUUGUAACUAAUCCUGAUAUUGCUGCCAAGAAGAAGCUGAAGAAACACAAAAAUAAAAGUGAAGCAAAGAAAAGAAAGAUAGAGUUCCUGCGUCCGGGCUAUAAGGCCAAGAGACAAAAGAGCCACAGCCUGAAAGACCUGGCGAUGGUGGAGUAGAGCGCCCGCUGCGCGGACAGUCUCAUGAACUCGCCAGGGUAUCUGCGAGUCAGAAGUCACGGGUUUUAUUAUAAAAGCUAAACUUUGGCAGAGAUUGUAUAUU